UUCAGCUCCUGUGAACAAGCUGAAGGUGGGCAGCAUGGAUCAUCGCGGAACCACCAUGGAGACAGACAAAAUCCACCAGAACCGCCUGUCCAGCAUGACGGACGAAGAUGAGGAACAGGACGCUGCCUUUACGAUUGUCAGGGUCCUGGACAAGGUGGCCGCCAUCGUGGACAGUGUGCAGGCCAGCCAAAAACGCAUCGAAGAGAGACACCGAGAAAUGGAGGAUGCCAUCAAGACCAUACAGAUCGACCUCCUGAAGCUUGCCCAAGCUCACGGCAAUACCGGCUACACUGUAAACAAGCUGCUGCAGAAGACCCGCAAGGUUAGCGCUCGUGUAAAAGAAGUGAGGGCACGCGUAGAAAAGCAGAGCUCCGAUGUGCUGAAAGUUGAAGCCAAGCAAGAGGAGAUGCUGCGGAAAAACAAGUUUCGUGUGGUCAUUUACCAGGAGGAUGUUCCCUGCCCCUCAUCUUUGUCAGUUAUCAAAGACCGGACACGAGGGGGGAAUCUCGAGGAUGCCUUCUGCCUACCUGAUGACCUCUCCUCUGACGAAGAGUAUUAUACAGAAGAAAGCAGAGCAUCCCGGUUUAAGAAAUCUGGGAUGCGACGCAUUGACAACAUAAAAAAGGCAUUUUCCAGGGAGAACAUUCAGAAGACAAGGCAAAAUUUUGGCAAGAAGGUGGACAGACUUCGAACUAGAAUAGUGACACCAGAGAGGAGAGAGAGAAUCAGGCAGUCAGGGGAGAGGCUAAGACAAUCUGGGAUCAGGUUCAAGAAAACGAUAGCCAAGGCAGCCCCAACCAAGGAGACAUUCAAGAAGAAUAAGAAAACCAAGGAGCCAACGACAAAUGAAGAUCAAGGAAGAGUCCAGGAGGCCGGCACUGAUACAGCAGUGGACAGCGGAGAGGCUGAACCCGUCACGGAGGAAAUUUCCUACACUGAAGUGAUAACCAAAGUGAAGAAAGACAGAGGUGGGAGCUCCAAAGGCCCUUUGCAGGCAGAGAAGAGAGUGAUCACUCCAGAAAAAAUCAUGCUCAGACCAGAAAUCAAAGAUGAAGAUGCCCUUCUACUGGACUUAAAGCCAUCUGCUUAA